GGCCGAGGCGGUGCUUCUGCCGGCCCGCCUCUCCAGCGCCGCUGCAGGAAGCCGGAAGCGGCCGGGGCGCUGGGCAGGCAGGGCGAGAGGCGGCUGGGCUUGUUUUGUUUUCACCCAUUGAUCUUCAUGCAAAUUUAAUUAGAAAGUAAAAAGGUGAAAAAGAAAACUGUCUAAUCAAAGAGCAAAGAUGCAGAGCACUCCGAAUUACCUCUGGCUGUUGUCUGACAUUUUAGGACAGGGAGCUACUGCAAAUGUUUUUCGGGGACGACAUAAGAAAACUGGGGAUUUAUAUGCUGUCAAAGUAUUUAACAGUAUAAGUUUCCUUCGUCCUGUCGAUGUUCAGAUGCGAGAGUUUGAAGUACUGAAGAAAUUAAAUCAUAAGAACAUUGUCAAAUUGUUUGCUAUUGAAGAAGAGACAACAACUAGACACAAAGUACUAGUUAUGGAAUUUUGUCCAUGUGGGAGUUUAUAUACAGUUUUAGAAGAGCCGUCUAAUGCCUUUGGUUUGCCAGAAUCUGAGUUCUUAAUUGUUUUGAGAGAUGUGGUGGCUGGGAUGAAUCAUCUCCGGGAGAAUGGAAUAGUGCAUCGUGACAUCAAACCAGGCAACAUAAUGCGUGUUAUAGGUGAAGAUGGUCAGUCUGUUUACAAACUUACAGACUUUGGUGCUGCAAGAGAACUCGAAGAUGAUGAACAAUUUGUUUCUCUCUAUGGGACAGAAGAGUAUUUACAUCCUGAUAUGUAUGAGCGAGCAGUUUUGAGGAAAGAGCAUCAGAAAAAGUACGGAGCAACAGUUGAUCUGUGGAGCAUAGGGGUGACCUUUUACCAUGCUGCAACAGGGAGUUUGCCUUUCCGACCCUUUGAAGGACCUCGUAGAAACAAGGAAGUGAUGUAUAAAAUAAUCACCGGAAAGCCUUCUGGUGCUAUUUCUGGGAUACAGAAAGCAGAAAAUGGACCAAUUGAGUGGAGCUGGGAGAUGCCUGUUUCUUGCAGUCUUUCAAAGGGUUUGCAAGUACUGCUCACACCUGUCCUUGCGAAUAUUCUUGAAGCAGACCAGGAAAAGUGCUGGGGAUUUGACCAGUUUUUUGCAGAGACAAGUGAUAUACUGCACCGAAUAAUAAUCCACAUCUUUUCACUACAGCAGAUGACCUUGCACAAAGUUUAUAUUCACAGCUAUAAUACAGCUGCUAUAUUUCAUGAGUUGGUCUACAAACAGACAAAAAUACCAUCUCAGAAUCAAGAACUGAUAUAUGAAGGUCGGCGUUUAGUACUAGAGCCUGGGAGAUUGGCACAGCACUUCCCCAGAACUACUGAGGAGAACCCUAUCUUUGUAGUAAGCAGGGAGGCUGUGAACAUUAUCGGAUUAAUCUAUGAAGAAGUUUUACUUCCUAAAGUACAUCAACGUUAUGACUUGGAUGGGGAUGCCAGUAUGGCUAAAGCAGUAACAGGUAUUGUAUGUUAUGCCUGUAGAGUUGCCAGUUCUUUGCUACUUUACCAGGAGCUGAUGCGAAAAGGAAUACAAUGGCUAAUUGAAAUAAUCAAGGAUGAUUACAACGAAUUGGUUCAUAAAAAGACAGAGGUGGUCAUCAGGCUGGAUUACUGCAGCAGAAACAUUGAGAAAGCUGAAAAAAUAUACGAGAAUUUGAUACAGAUGAACUUGGAAGCACCAGAAGUGGAUGAAAUUUCAGAGAUACACACAAAACUGUUGCGACUCUCCAGCUCGCAGGGCACAAUAGAAACUAGUCUUCAAGACAUCAAAAACAAACUUUCUCCUGGUGGUUUACUGACUGACACCUGGGCAAAUCAGGAAGGCAUGCAUCCAAAGGACAGAAAUCCAGAAAGGCUGCAGGUGCUGCUGUGUUCCAUCACAGAUAUUUAUUAUCAGUUCAAAAAAGACAAAGCAGAACGAAGGCUUCCUUAUAAUGAAGAACAAAUUCACAAGUUUGACAAGCAGAAGCUGUGUUUGCACGCAACAAAAGCCAUAGCACUAUUCAAAGAUGAAUGUGUCAGCAAGUAUGAUACAUUUUUGGACAAGGCUGAGGACUGGACAAGGAAAAUGCUUCACAUAAGGAAGCAGUUACUGGCUCUCACCAACCAGUGCUUUGAUAUUGAAGAAGAGGUAUCCAAAUACCAGGAUUAUAUCAAUGAGUUACAAGAUGCUCUGCCACAGAAGAUGUUCGCAGUUUCCAGUGGCAUGAAACAUACAAUGAAUACAGUUUAUCCAAGUUCAAACACAUUAGUGGAAAUGACUCUUGGCAUGAAGAAGCUAAAGGAAGAAAUGGAAGGGGUUGUUAAACAGCUGGCUGAGAACAAUCACAUUUUGGAAAGAUUUGGUGCUUUGACUAAGGAUGGUGGCCUGUGGAACGUGGACUGUAUCUAGCUUUCAAAGGACCUGAAGAGGACUUGUAAAUUUUUUCAAAGGGAAAAAAUAACUUGUAGGACUUUUAAAGGCAGAUAAUAAAUCUGUAUCCAGGGGUUUUUUUCCCCUCUGCAAAUGUAAUAUUGAAAAAAUGUAAAUAUGUAUAAUAUGUAAAUAUAAAAGAAAUAUAUGUCUUUUUUUGGUCAAUGUUAGGAUAGCAUUAUUCCUGGCAGGGAACUUAGCCCCUUGGAGGAUGUCUGAAGCCCUAAAGGCAAAAGUGUCAUUGAUGAAAUUGACAUUUGUUUGCUUUGAAUAUUGCCCCUUUUCUCAGAAUGAAAUUUAGUCUUUAUUGCAAGAGGAUGUGCAGAACUCUAAACUUUAUCAAUAGUCUUUAAAUGGUGUUUUGAGUUUCCCUUAACCACCACUAUUAUUUUGGAGUCUAGCAGAAAAGACUCUGAUAAUCACAGAACAUGAUGAUUGUUUUAAAGAUCUCUUUAAAUAAGCGGGAAUAGGGACUAAAAGCACAGAUAGGACCCGAGUGGAAAUGUAUUUCUCUUUCCUUCACAUCCAAACUGUUAGUCUACAUCUACUUCAGAAAACAAAUUCACAAUAGUUUUAAGUUGUUCUCCAUAUUUGGUGCCACGUUGUCUGUAAUGAUUUGACUGCUCUGUAUAUGGAAGUUUUGCACUCCAGGUUGUCAGACUGAAUGUAGAAAUUCCUUUUUUUUUAAGAUUACAGCAUUUUCAGAAUUUCUCUGGAAUCUUGUUGCUCACCACCAGAGAAGUGGGUUCUUAAAAUAAAAUAGCAUUUUCAGAAUCCUGUUUUCAGGAAUAAAGUUUUUUAGAAGGUUAGAAGUCAACAUUAGGAGAAUUUGUGGGCAGUCAGUAGACCAGGUAGAAUCAUAGAAUCGUUUUGGUUGGAAGAGACCCUCAAGAUCAUCAAGUCCAACCAUAACCUAAGUCUGGCACUAAACUAUGUCCCUAAGCAUCAGCCUCAGUGGUGACUGAACAUUGGAAAAAUAAGUUACCAGUCUAGAUCUUGAAAAGGCACCACACCCAGUGCUGACUUACAACUGAGAUAUUAAACUUAGGUGGAAAAUGUAGGAACACUAUAUAUUUAUUUCCCAGUAUCAGUGGUUGUUACUUUCAGUACUACAUGACUGGGUUGCAGAGUUGCAGAAUUAUAGAGCCUGCUCCAAAAUAUGUAGGAGAGGAGAAAGAGGAAAACAGACACAAUCUCAGAAAACAUCCCUCACUUGGAUUGAAUACUACAGGUGUACUUAUUUGUUUCAGAUGAAGAGCACACAAAUAAUUGCAGACCUCAUUCUUUCCUUGUGGAAACAUGGCCAUGGAUGUUCAAUGGUGUCCAGUAGCACUUCUAAUGGCUGUGUUACAUCUGUAAGAAGAGCUGGACCAACUAUAUUUAUGAUUUUCCAUACUUAAUGGUGAAGCAUAUAGGUAUAAACUAAACAGUGGUACCCUGUGACAGCACCUGGUAGUUUUGUGAUGCUUUUUCCCUGCUUAUCUGUCCAGGUCAGAAUACAAAAUGUUUCAAUUAAAAAAAAAAAAAUCUUGAAUAGAAACUUAUGACAUUUAUAGUUGAUUCUUUUAUUGUUAGAAGAAGAGGAAAUUCACUGCCUUGAUGUCCGAGAUGAGAAUCAAGUACUAAAAGGAAACUCAGAUAUUUUUACAUCCAUGUGAGCAGCUUCUGACUUCGCAAGCUUUGUCCCCCAAAAAAUCUAGCUAUGCAAAAGGUGUGCAACAAUUUGUUACGUGUUUUUGCAUGGUUAGCCGUGGCAUUCUUAACUGUUUGUUUUAAAAUACUGGAAUCGUGUCUAACUGGAAUGUUUUAAUGCCUGCUUGUACAUCUGUUCAUUCAUGUCCGCAGUAUCACUGAGUGUCAGUAAAACACAUGCCUAAGUGUUAAAAGAAUUGGGCUCUCAAACUGUGCAUAAAUUGUGUUUUUCUACAAUAUUAUGUCUGUAACACUUUGUUGUUUGCAACUUUCUUAAUUUUGAAAGAAAUCAAGUGUUAGUUGGAAUAUAUAAUUUUCAACUUCAUACUGAAGCAGUCUGAAAAAGAAAGAUCACUGUAGUAACAAUAUAGUCUGUAUAUUGAAGUAUGUGCGGCAUUCUUUUACAUGUUUGAAAAUGUUUUCUGUUCUAUUUUCUCUUCAUUUUAAACAUUGCUGGUUUUAGUGUUGCUAAAUGCAUCAGUAACCUUCAUCUUGUUAAAAUUUCUUUCUCUAAAGCAAUUUUAACUAAGCAGUAGCUAAGAAACUUGAAGCAAUCAGUUCAUAAUCUGCUGAUUAUGUUCUUAUGAAGCAAAUACACUUUUCACAUCAAAGCGUAGUGUAUGGUAUUAUCAAUUUUUGGCUCAAAUUAAGUGUCCUGAUACUAUCAGUCAUGCUACUGAUUUGCCAAAAGAAGUAAUAGAAAGUAAUAUCUGGUUCUUCCUCCUGAGGUUGGUUUACUGUUUUCAGGGGUUUAGCUUAGUAUAUUAUCUUUUACUUGAACAAACCUGUCCUCAUAUGUAUUGUGAAAAUGCAUGAGUGAAUGACUUAAUGACAUAAAUACAUCAUCAACCACUGACUGUA